CGUGUCUGUUGACAGCACGGAAGAGUCGGUCGGCGCGAGCGCGUCCCCGAUGGACUUCCAGCGUGUGACCUCCGCGAGCACCGGGCGCACCGAGAGAGGAGGGGGGCAACAACCGAGAGCCCCGCCGAUCUACAACCAAAUGUUUUCCGGCGAGCUGCUGUUCACGGGAGGGGGUCUACCGACAGAGGAAUGAGAUGCACAAGUAAAAAGUUGACACGGUUUUGGUGGGAAUUUUCAUCUGAGGGGAGGGAGCAGGAAGGUUUCUGACUAUCCUCCGGUGUGGAAGUUCCCUGGGGGGGGGGGGUUCAUUAUGGCUUCAGGCGCCGGUAAGGCUGCUCAGCCCCUCGGGCCAGGCUCUUCCGUUAACGGGACUGCGGCAGAGUUCCCGAACAUCGAGCAGGAGCUGUACGACUACCAGAUGCACAGCAAGAUGUGCAAGAAGAUCGCUCAGCUCACCAAGGUGAUUUAUUCUCUGAACAUGAGGAAUGAGGAGCAGGAGGCGGCCUUGCUGACCUUGAGCCACGCCCACCACGAGGAGCUGCACCGCAUCCUGGUGGAGACAUGUCACGAAGGGGAGGGGUCGCUGCUGAGGACACGCCUCCUCGAGCUGCAGGACUCCCUGCAUGAGCAGCAGAGAGCAGGAGCCCAGGUACAGGCAGACUUUGAGUGCUUUCGGAUCCAGGCGGAGGAGAGGGGACGAGAAACUGAGGCAGAGUUGAGAAAAAAGUUUGAGGAGAGGCUCCAGGCUGCAGAGGAAGAGCUCCAGGAGGCCAAGGCCCACAUCAGUGAUGCUCAGGAGGAGAGCCUGCGGUUGGGCAAAGAACUCGAGAAGACCAUGGAGCAGAUCCAAGAGAUGGGUGCCAAAUGUGAGGCGCUACAGAAAGCAGCUGAUGAGGAGAGACAGCGGGAAGAGGAGCAGAGGCAGAGGAAAGACGAGGACAAUAAGAUAGAGAGACAAACGGAGAAGCGGGAGGAUUCGGAAAGAAUGAAAGCACUCUUAGCGGAGGUAAAAGUGCUGAGGGAUCAGAGUGUUCGAGCAGACGAGGAGAAGAGGAGAGCGGUGAAAGAAGAGAGGGAGCAAUGGGAGCAAAAGUUGAACGAUCUAAAUGAGGAGCAAGAGGAAACGAGGAAGAAGAUGGAGACAGAAUGGAGGGAGGAGCGGCAAAGGUGGGAAAAGAGGGAAGAAGAGGAGAAGAAGGGGAUGCACAGCGCCCUGCGAGAGAGAGUGAAGAGGGCGGAGGCCGAGGUGGAGAGUCACCUGGAGAGGUUGGCAGAGAGCAAGAGAAACACAGUCAAGCUGCAAGAGCGUAUACAGGACCUGGAGGAGGAACUGGAGCUGGAUCGGAGGCGAGUGUCCGAGGCCGAGGGCGUGGCUAAGCGGGCGGAGGAGGAGCUUGGGGUCGCCAAGGAGAGGCUGCUGCUGCAGGAGGACGAGCUGCAGAGCAGAGCAGAGGAGCUGCUGAACCGCGGGGGCUGUGAGGUGUGUGUGUGUACUGAAGUAGAGGAGCUGAGGAGCCAGGUGAGCCGAAUGCAGAGCAGGAACAGAGAGCUGGAGCUGCAGAGCAGUGGCAGGAACAACGACCACGCCCGGCAGAUACGCCAGCAGCUGAGAGGAAGCGUGUGGAGUCUCCUCCUCGGGUCGCCACACUCCUCCUCCACCCUCCCCCACCAGUCCACCUCCCAGCCCCAGACCACCACCCAAUACUCCACCUCCUCUCUUCCACACAAGCACUCCUCCCUCUCCCUCAACCAACAUUCCUCCCCCUCCCUCCCUCGCUCCACCAGAUCCCGGACGUCCUGCAUCCCCCCCACCCCGGCGCCCACCGCCCCGCUCCCCGUCUGCCCCUCGCCGCAGACGGGCAUCCGCUACGUGUCGCCUUCCUGCCAUGAGCCACAUGCACACCUACAGGCCCAAACAAUCAGAGGCCCUUACCUGGAGCAGAGGGGGACAGAGGGGCUGAAACAGGAGUGGUUCACCAAAUACUUCUCCUUCUGA